AUUUAGAUAAUGGUAAUUUUCUUUAGUUCUGUAAGGAUGAAGCGAUUUGCCCCACACAUCAAAAAAUGGAAAAAUGUUUUUGAACCGAGCAUAUGAGAAUUUAAAGUUGACCAAUUUAGAAAUUGAAUUGAUAAUUUUGAUCUCUCUCUUUAAAGAAUUAUUAACCAUAUAGAUUGAAAAUUACAUCAAUGUCGACUUCAGGUAUAGAUACUCAAGACAUAAAGAAGGAAAGUGUUGUCUCCUCGGAAGUUAAGCCUGAAACAACGACUGGUUCAGAAGGUAUUUCCGUUAAGGAAACUACAACUACCACUGUCACAGCUACCGUUGAAUCUGGAGCUACUCGUGCAAAUGAUGAUGAUUUAGAUGAUUUAGAUGAUCUUUUAGAUGACUUCGCUGACGAUGUGUUGAAUAAACCUCCGGGAUCAGCAUUGGAAGCUAAAGAUGAUGCUAAUAAAAGCAUCACUAUCCCAGUUACUGGUGGUGCUGAGCCACCUACUGAUGAAUUUAAAUCUGGAAUUGAAGAAUUAAUGAAAGAUUUAAAUAUAGAAGAUGAUGAAACUAAAGGACAAUUCGAAAGUUUAGUUAAACAAUUUGAAUUAAAUCAUAGAGAAGAAGUUGAACAAGAAGAAAAGAAACCUCAUAAUUUCGAAUACGUUAUGAAGGAGACCAUGGAAAGAUUAAAGAAAUCAGGUGAAACCGUCGAUGAAAAGAUAAAAAAUGAUCCAUCCAGUGCUAAUCCUGAAGAUAUGUUAUCUCAAUUAUUAGCUGGAUUCGGUGGUGGCCCUUCAGGGGGUCCAUCUGGAGAUUUUGAUAUGUCUAAAUUAUUAGUGGAUAUGUUAGAACAAUUAUCUUCUAAAGAAGUCUUAUACGAACCAAUAAAGGAUCUUAAUACUAAAUUCCCUGAUUAUUUAAAAGAAAAUAAAGAUAAAAUCUCAGAAUCUCAAUAUACCAAUUAUAGUAAACAAUAUGAUAUAACUAAUCAAAUAUUAGCCGUAUUUGAUAAUUCAACAUUUGAUGAUGAAAACAAAGAACAAAGAGAUAAAGUCAAUACUUUAUUAGAAUCAUUACAAGAAUUAGGUCAACCUCCAACUGAGUUAGUCGGUGAUUCCAAUGAUUUUCCAGGAUUUGGUGGAUUAGGUGGAUUAGGAGGUGGAAAAGCUGGUGCUGGUGCUGGUGGUGAUGAUCCAUUUAAUUUCGAUUCAAAGGAUUUACCUCCAAAUUUCGAAAAAGAAUUAGAAGAAGGUUGUAAACAACAAUGAUCUCCUUGUUUCCCUUGUUAUUUAUUAUUAUUUCCUCUAUAACUUGUUUAUAUAUUAUCUCCCUU